AUGAACAGCGUUGGGGAGGCGUGUACAGACAUGAAGCGCGAGUACGACCAGUGCUUCAAUCGCUGGUUUGCUGAGAAGUUCCUCAAGGGGGACGGCUCUGGGGACCCGUGCACCGACCUCUUCAAGCGUUACCAGCAGUGCGUUCAGAAAGCAAUAAAGGAGAAGGAGAUUCCUAUUGAAGGACUGGAGUUCAUGGGCCAUAGCAAAGAAAAGCCUGAAAACUCUUCUUGACCUUGACAGACACCUUGCAGUUGUAGCCCCUCCAAUCAGGAAACUGAGGACCCUGGAUGUGUCCACUGAGAUUGUGAAGAUGACCAUUGGAUUUGAUGUGGUGGUUAGUUUUCUUCCUCACUUGUAAGAGGAUGAACCACCCACCAUUCUGCUUCGAGAUGAUCUCUCACUUGCUCUAGCAUCUCGCAGGAACUCAUUGUGCUGAGAGGAACAACUUCUUGGGACUAUGGGUGCAAUAUUUGGUCUAGCGUUAGCUUUAAAUAUACCUUGCAGGUAAAUAAUGAUAAACUAGCCAGGAUGAUCAAGGUUGCCUGACCUCUUGAUUUUUGCUGCGAAUGAUAUGACAUACACUGUACUGGGGUCAUUCUUCAUCAAAGCAGUAGGCCCGGGUCUCUCUCUCUCUCUCAGGGAGCUAAUGCUCUGACAAGGGGUCUGGGCACCAUGGUUUGAUCAGUGCUUUGGGAACAGAGGACCAGUUCCCUGCCUUAACAAAAGAUGUCAGGUUCAGAGGUGAAACCUUCAGGAGUGUUGUGGUCAUGGUUUUGGAGCUCAUGCUGCACCUCAGAAAUGCAGAACCUGCAGUCGCCAUGAGAGAGGAGCCUGCACUGCAGGUUUGCUCUCACCAGCCCAGCAUUCAGCCCGAGUCAUUAAAUUAAGCCAACUACAGGCCCUAAAAAUGCCACAUGCUGCUUCUGGUUCUGUAGGGGAAAAGGGUAUUUGCUUUUUUUGGCCUUGUUUACCUGCCCUGCGCUGUAAUGUCUGUGAUCAUGAAGAUGGAAUAAAUUGUAACAUUUAGUGUCUCAUUA